UUGAUAACGCUCCAUCGAACCCAAAGGUGCAGUCCUUGGUGCAGUGCAUAGCGAGAGCGCCAGGAAAGCAGGCAUAAAGUUUUUAUCUAUUUUUUAUCGACGGGUAGGAUUCGGUUCGACUUCGCGUUUGGCUCGAUCUCGGCAGAUCUCGGACUCCCGCACGUAAACAUGGCUGUUUCCCGUAUCACCGUCGAACUUUUCUAUGAUGUCAUCUCUCCUUACUCCUACCUGGCGUUUGAAACCCUAAUGCGCUACAAAGCACCGUGGAACCUGGACCUCAAACUGAAGCCUUUCUUCCUGGGCGGCGUCAUGAAGGAGUCGAACAACAGACCUCCGGCGCUGGUGCCGAACAAGGCGUCCUACAUGAUGACCGACCUGCGUCGGCUCUCCGCUUACUACGGCGUGCCCAUAAAGACGCCCGACUUCUUCCUCGAGUUCAUCGCGACCAAGUCGACGAUCAAGCCGCAGCGGUUUCUCGUCGCGCUCGACAUGAAGUACCCGCAGCACGUGGAAGAGGCGUCGCGAGGAUUUUGGAAGCGCUUCUACCAGGACAACAAGGACAUCGCCGAAGAGGACAGCGUAACGGAGGUCGGUCGCGCCGCGGGCAUGCAGGAGGACGCGAUUAAGGACGCCCUAGCCAUGAUCAAGGAGGACAGAGUCAAGAAGGCGCUACUGGAAAACACGAAGUUGGCGGUGGACGAAUACGGCGCGUUCGGCGCGCCGACCAUCGUGGCGCACGUAGCGGGAAAGCCUGAAGUUUUCUUCGGUAGCGACAGGUUCGAAGUGAUGGCGCACGUCAUGGGGAAGAAAUGGCUCGGUCCUAAACCGGCCGAAGCAGCGAAGCUGUGAUGUGUGUGCGCAAUUUUAUACAUGUGUCGAGCACGGGGACGUUUCUUUCUGGGCCAGUCUGGAGUGCGCGCAUUGCGCAUGCUCAGUGUCAACCGGAAGCGAGCGCGCGCUCGGUUGGCACUGAGCAUGCGCACUCCGUGUGCCUACCGUCUUAGAUGAACAAAUUUUUGCGUGAUUAAUGUGCGAAUUCACUUGUGUAUAGAUGAUAUUGAACCGCAAUGUCUUGUGUUACUGUGGGACUUAGCGCCAUUCGUGUGCCCUGCGCCUGCGCGGUGCCAACCGGAAGCGAGCAUGUAUAUUCCUUGCGUGUCAACCACAAUGUUAGAUGAAAUGAUUAAUAUAUGAAUUUCCAAUUUUUAGCUCAAGUGUGUGCAAACCAGAAGGUAUGGCUUACUGUUGGUAUGGUCGUUAUGAAUUGCACUUCAUGCUCGUGAUAAGUUUCAGUCAGUUACGACAGCCACAUCAGUGAGCUGCAGGAUAUAUUGAACUAAGUUUUAUGCAACUGUUAAUAGCAGCACAAAGAUGUGGGAUGGAUAAACAACAGCUCGUUACCUGUCUAUUGUGUCAGCUGUUUUAAUGAGCAACAUACUACGUGCACUGAUGUACUGAAGUGUGCACAUUGGGGCUUAUGGUGAAACUACUUAUACAGACUACAAACAUUUUUCUGUACUACUUGGCCCCAGUAGAACUUUAGCACCAGUAUAUUGAUGUGUAUAUUUUUGUACCCAUGUUGAAAUAUAUCUUGUUCAAAUUUUAAUAAAUUGCUGCUCUACUGAGAAAA